UAUGUACAAAUUCCACAAGAAGAUAUAAAGACGGGACAAGUGUCCGGGGGAAGCGAGAUUUGACGAUGGAGAUUGACUGAAGUUGGCAGAGGUUGCGAGUGUUAGGCUUCCAGGAACGUGACAGGCACGGGGUGCAAACAGGGCAAACGGCCGUCAUGAUGUCAUGUGCUAGUGCACGUGAUGAUAAGGAGCUGGUUAUCCGACGAUGCCUACGCCGCCUACGAAGAUGCGGGACAUUUCCCGUUAACACCGACCAUACUAAGAGGCAACCCCCUUUUCCCCCGGACUAUCUCGGAGAUUACAUGUUCCAAUAUCGUCACGGGUUGCACUGGAGUCGGUGUUAUGUGUCUACCUGGAACUUUAACCUUAAUCUGGCACAUUCGUCAAGGUAUGACGAACUCGUUCGAUCGGAACGAUCUCGACUCUGUCACCGAUGUAGGCAUCAACACGUGUAUGGUACGAUUUGAACACUGGAAAGUCUGGGCGGGUCUAUAUUCUUGUCGGUUAGAAAGAGGCACCAAUCUUGUAGCCUGUAGAUCACCGUUUCUCAAGGCAUCCAUGAGUCUUGAGGAUGGUUUGAUGCGCGGUGACAUCAAAAACGAGCUCCCAGUGAAACAGUCCAGCUGGGGAUCAUCGAAGGAAGACCACAGCUCGGAUGCCCCAAGGGGUACUUUGCUGGAUAAGGCAUCAGGCUGGAACAUGUCAUAAAGAGCUAGAACGGGCCAUGGCUAGUUUCCCUGCACGUGCUGCACCAUCGCUGUGCCAUUGUGGGUGACCGGAGGGUAGGAGGUGCAGUGUCGAGCUGAACUUCGGAUAAGGCCUCCUCAGUGACAGCAGGAUUCAGCUCAGAAUAGACCGACGAGACCAAGCUAGUGCCAGUCACUAGUGAUGGACGAUGAUGUUAGUGGGUUGCGAUGAAGAAAGGAAGUCAGCAUCGGCCGGCGGCCGCACCUGACCUGGA